AUGGCCUUUUGGCUUUUUGGUAGCACGAAGCCCAAGAAGUCGAGCAAGAAGUCCAAGAAGGGCACGAAGACCAAUAAAACGAUAGCUUCUUCUAAGCCCAAGAUAACAGAUCCUCCUAAUGUCUUUCGUCCUGCGAGACCGCAGAUUGAACCGCCGCCUUAUCCUGGAAAUGGGCGUCCGGCGUUGAGACCUGCUCUUCCGUAUAAUCAGCACCAUGCAUCUCAAUCACAGCCUCACUUCCACCCCGCUGGCUAUCUCCCAGCACCGCCGGGCUUCAGCACUCAACCGGUGGUGAUCAACAAUCACUAUCACCUCGGAUCGCAGCAAUCGCACCCCAACUUGUCUGCGUUUACACCACCGCAUCAUCUGGCCACGACAAACUCACACCAAACUCUCUCAUCGUCGUUGAACCGUUUCACAGGCUCAAUGGUGAAUCUGGCCAAGGAAUCAAUUCCACCGCAGCUCUACGACGAUGGGCUAUCGGCUUGGCAUGGAUGUGCGCAGAUUGCUCAGUCGACGAAUGCGCUGUAUGAUCGGUUCAACGAUAUCAUGACGCUUAUUGAUCACGAGAAGGUUCAGGGCAAUGAGAGUACGCUCUUCAACUGCGCUGUCACAGAUCAGGAGCCAAAGACGGAUCAAGUCGACAAAGGCAUGGGAAAGGUGAAGAACAAGGAAAAGUCCUCAUGCAAUGUUGCUGCGUCUGUCGUGUCGGGCAAUUAUUUCUCCAAAGUCGAGCAAUACGCAAACUCCAAGCUUCCGCUAACACUACCACCACUAUCUCUGCACAUGCCAACAUGGCCCCUCCUUUGUCUUGCAGCUCAGUACUCCCAGCGCGUCUACGAAAGACCUCGCGGCACCGAACGAGACGCCCACGUCUCAUCCGACUGGCUCGCUGGUCCCAGACAGACCUGCAUCAAGUCCGUAUCCAUGGACGACAUGAACACCAUCGUCUUCGCUAUCCGCGGUACAGCAAGUUUCAUGGAUUGGGCCGUUAAUCUCAAUUCUGCACCUAUCAGCCCGCUCAACUUCCUCGACGAUCCCGGAAACUUGUGCCACGCGGGCUUUCUCUCCGUCGCUAAGAAGAUGGUUCGCCCGGUGGCCGCAAGGUUGAGACAGCUUCUUCAAGACGAUCCCAAACGCUCGACGUUCAGUCUUUUGAUCACGGGGCAUUCGGCUGGUGGUGCUAUUGCGGCGUUGCUAUACUCGCACAUGGUAGCCCAGACGAACGCGGCAGAGAGUGAACUCAACGUCUUAACAAAUUGCUUCAAGAGAAUACAUUGCGUUACAUUCGGUGCACCACCAGUGUCUCUCCUCCCAUUGGCAAAGCCCGAGACUCAUGCGCUCAGAAAGAGCAUCUUCCUGAGCUUUGUCAACGAAGGAGAUCCCGUUGUCCGCGCCGACAAAGCCUACGUCAAAAGUCUUCUUGACUUACUCGCUUCACCACCACCAUCACAACGAAAAGACCCAAAGAAAUCACGCAAGAAACCAACAUGGAACGUCCCCCCAUGCACGCUGAGCAACGCAGGCCGUAUCGUGGUGCUACGCUCAGGGGACCUCGACGCCAAGCCCAAAGAUCGCAAGACGGUGCGAGAGCGUCUCGACGAGGGAGUUGUAGCAGUGACGUGCUCUGAGGAGAGGUUGAGGAGUGUUAUUUGGGGAGAUCCCGUAUGCCAUCUAAUGAGUCUCUAUGCUGCGAGGAUAGAGGUGCUAGCUGUGCGGUCUGUGACUGCGAGACGUUAG